GAUACAUCGAUAUUAUUCGUUAGCAGUUGCACAUAUCUAACUUUCUAUUUCCGUGCAGAUAAAAUUGUAAAUAUUUACUCAAAAUUGCACUCGAAUACCAAAAAAAAUAGUGAAAAAUUAUGCAAUAGAGUGUGGAUUUGUUGUCGUCCCACUUGUUAAAAACAAAAACUGCCACAAAUGCACCGAAUUCGAGCUGCAAAAACGCGAUUUUAAUCCGCAAAUCUGCGGAAGUGUUGGUACAAGCACUUAAUUUGUAUUUGUGAUUGUAAUUGUAAUUGCCGAAGUGCCAAAAAAAAACCACGCAAAUGCUGCAAGCGUAAAAGCCUAUGUAAAUUGGGCUACAAAAUAAAAAUGGGCGUGGCGAGACGAUGCAUUGAGAGCAGAAAACAGCGAAGGCGAUGACGAUCGAAACCAAAUUCAUCAGGUGAGCGAGCAGCAACAACAACAACGGAUGCCCAAAUAGGUGUGCACACGUACGCAGCUCCUAAAUCACAAACAAAACAAGCCACAUUGACAUACUCACCACAAAAGCACAAAGCUGAGAUAAGAAAGUACCAGCACACCAAUUCAUGUCAAACGGAACGCACACCAAACAGUUAUCAGCGGAGCAGCGCUACUAAACACCACCAAAUCGCACACAAAAACCUAUAGAACGAUGUGGCUGCGUCAGAGCAGCGGAGGCGUUGCCUCAGCCGGACACGGCGGACCACUACGUCAGCGUCCCAUCGAUGCCGCUACGGAUUGUGAUCCGCGCGCCUGCUACGACAGCUUCUGCAAGCACUGGCAGCAGGCCUUCGAGAUCAUCCAGCACAGUGCUCCGCCCUCGCACGACGACGUCCUGGGCGUAGUGUCGCACCUGGACUACAUGGUCACCCUUUUGCUGGUCGAACUGCAUCACUGCAAUAAGGUCUCGCUGCCGGCGGCCGAGGCCAGUGGUCCGCCCGCCGCUCCCUGCCUGGAAUUCCUGCUCAGCGAGAAUCUGCUGGACAAGCUGUAUGAAUGGGCCUGCACCACCGGCCGCUAUGCCAACGCCGUGCGGCUGGAGCAGCUGAAGCUGUACGAACUGCUCGUCAGCCAUUCGCGCCACCAGUUGCUCUGCCACGAGCCCUUCCUGCGACCCCUGCUCAAGAUUCUGGCCUCCAGCCAGGGUGAGAUCUUCCCGCCCGAUCUGGAAAAGCGCCUCGUUAUCCUGCUGAACCAGCUGUGCGUGGUUCUAAUGCAGAAUGUCCAUUUGCUGGACCUUUUCUUCUUUUCCGCCCAAACGCAAGUGCAGGAGCAGAUUCUCAACGGUAGCGUGGCGGCACCCAAAAGUGGAACCACAACCAAUUUUAUUAUCUUCUCCCUGCUCAUCCCGUACGUGCAUCGCGAGGGCAGUCUUGGACACCAGGCCCGCGAUGCCCUGCUGCUCUGCAUGGCGCUCUCGCAGAAGAACUCCAACAUUGGCACGUACAUAGCCCAGUACUCCUCGAUCUGCCCCCUGCUGGUGACCGGUCUGGGUGGGCUUUACUCACGUCUGCCCAACAGCAUCGAGAUCAGCUCCAUUGACUGGCACCGGAUCACGCCGGACGAUGUGACAGAGAUCCCUGAGCUGACGCUCUUCAUGAACGCCCUCGAGUUCUGCAAUGCGGUGGUGCAGGUGGCCCACGAGAUGAUCAAGCAGCAGCUUCUGGACUUCAUGUACCAGGGCUUUAUUGUGCCCGUUCUGGGACCCGCUAUCCUCCAGACACUGAAGGGCAAACAUUUUCAGACGAACAUCGACUCGCAAAUCUCGGCCAUGUCGUACCUGGACCUGAUCCUGCGCUCCAUCACCGAACCCGGUCUGCUGAGGGCCUUCGUUCGCUUUCUGCUCGACACGGAAAAGUUCGACGGCGAGCGCAUACUGGAUGCUCUGGUCGAGCGGCUGAACUCCCCCGAUGCCAAUCUGUGCAUGGUAACUAUGGCCCUGUUUGACACCCUGCUGGGACUGCACUGCGAGGACCUAAUGCUGGAACUGCUGCUCAAGUUCAUGCUGCCGGGCAAGCAUGUGCCCAUCUCACAUCGCCACAAGAUCAACAAGAUCGAUCCGUAUCUGAACAGCAGUGAGUUCUUCCUGGAACUCUCGCCCGACGUGAUGAAGAGGGCCAGGGAUCUGGCCAGGCCCAAGAGUAUCCACGAACCGGUGGUAAGUGACCUGACGCCGCUGCCCAGUCUCCCAUCUCCAGUGAUGAGCAAGACGAUUGGAGCCAACUGGAAUUAUUAUGGAGUGCACACGGGUGAUAGUUUGUAUGCGAAUAUCCAGGCGUAUCUAUUCGAGGCCCACUGGCGAAUUGCCCAGUGCCAGAGGGAUUGCCUCAAGUGGGCGAACAGCUAUCGCUACCAAAAGUGGCCGCGUCACGGGCAGGGACGAGUUCAUGCCCACGCCUUGGAACUGGCCAGGCAGUUCUUCAGCGAAUUCGGUGGUGGAGCUAUUAUGGCCACGAACGAGACGGGUGAGAAACAGCUGGACAGUCUUCAAUCGAUUGGGGAGUCCAGCGGAUACGAAUCCUUCAAGUGGCGCCCGGCAGACGAGGAGAGCGAAGCCACUGAUACAACGCUGGCCACCACAGCCAGCGAGGCAGAUCUGGAGCACAACAGCAGCAGCAUCAGCAGCGUGUUAGGUGGAUCCGGCAAACGAGAGGCCUGGCGCAUAUCGCAAAACAAUCGCAACGAGUUGCUACUGACGGAUCUGGACUUCUCAGAGGAUUUGUUUGCGCAGGGCACCGUAAGCUUGGGUCCCUUUCUCAACGCCAUCUGGGCCAAAUUACAGACCUUCACGAGCAACUCGCUGUACGUCAAUCUUCACCUCACCGGGUUGAUCACUCGGUUGGCCUGGUAUCCUCUGCCGCUUAUCCACUCACUGCUGCUGCGCUCCGAUAUUGCCAUCACCUCGGAUACGCCCUCCUUUCACCAAGUGCUGCGCAUUCUCAAGCAACAGAUAGACGCGGAGCUGCCAGUGACGGAGGAUUCGCUGGAGAUUAUUGAUGUGGCGCGUUCCUCACUAAUUGAUCGGGAGUUCCGUUUGGCAAACGCGCGCAAGGGUAACGAGGGCUCUCCAAUGCAUCACAAUCAACAGCAGCAGAUUGCCACAAGUUCCGGGCAUCAACCGGGGCAGCUGCGAUCUACCUAUUCGACUCUUUCGGCUGCCACGCCCGUGCAGGCGACGCCCACCAGCGCAUACGAUCCGUUUAAGCGCAGCGAUAACAAGAGGCGGAGCAUCAGCAAGUCCAUAACCAGCAUGUUCAGCAGAAAGUCGACCUCCUCGUCGAUGGCACCGCCCAAUGGCUCCUCUGCUUCAUCUGGCUUAUCACAAAUUUAUGCAUUCUUCACCGGAGCUGCUUCGAAUCUGGUGGGAAGUGGUGGCGAGGGAAGAGGAUUUUCCCAGGGGCAACCAACCGCCGGGACAUGUGAGACCAGCCUUAGUACGCAGCCACAAGUGGGCGCAUUACGCACAGGAGCCACAGUGACGGCCAUAGCGGCCUCUGGCAGCAGCAGCAACAGCAGCAUCGGUGGAUCAACCCAAACCCUGUCCGCCCAAUCGAACACCACAACCCACUCGUCGAGCACCAUGCACGGCCUGGAUGGAGGACCGACCACGAGUGGCUUCAACUCCGAGCCAGUGUCCCUCGAUUCGGUGGCCUCCAUGGGAAUCAUUGCCAGCACGAGUGGCACCGAGCGAUCCCGCGACUUGGCCCUUUGUGCUGUGUUGAUGGACGAGUGGCUCAAGGAGCUGGCGGCCAUUGCGCAGGAACAGAGCGUUGUGCUGGUCACGGAGCAGGGGUCUUUAUGAUCGCUUGGAGCAAAUAGCGAUGCAUGCGCUGCUAAGACAGACGACUUGUGUAUACAUUAUUUUACGGAUUUGUUGGCCUUUGUUUGUUUUAACGAGCUACUCUUACGAAAUUAUUUCUUUUUACCUGUUAAAUUAUCGAUAUUUAUAUUUUAAACAACCAUUUUAAACGAACAAUGAACAGAUUUACAAAUUAAUGCACAUGGACUCAAAAAAAACACUCACACACGCGUUAACCAAGCUAGAAUUUAGGUUUAAAGUUGUAAGCGAACUAAGACGGUGGAUUUUAAGUGUUCAAAUGCAAUUAAAUAUUCUAAUUAACAGCCGUAUGCAAAAUUUACAACGUUUUUAGAGAGAACUAUAUAACACACAUACCAUGUACACAUAUGUAUUUUUGCAAUAUAUUUUAUGCUCUUAUGUACAUAUGCAAGAUCAAAUUACCCAAGUUAUGUAAAGCCAACUUGAAAGUAUUAAAUUGGUCCAAGUAAAUGCACAGCCAAGAAAGAUA